GGUUUUAAACCGACUUUGGUAUCCUGCAUCCUGCAGGAAUCCCAUUAACCAACGGUAGCAGCUGCUGCAACAGUAGCAGCAGAAGUCUUGUUCUAGUAAAUGCAACCCAAUACCGUCUACGAAUCAAAUAAUAUCUUGAGACCGGUAAGAUCUCACGUCAGGACAUCAAUAUGCGUGCACACCUGGCAUAAGCCCACAAAAAUUCCUCGUUCUUUUAUUCUUUUCUUCUUCCUGUGUUCCCAACAACCUCCAUUCCGAUCUAUCUAUCUUGCAUUUUGACCUGUCUUGAUCUGUCGUGAAGAAGGAUCCUGCUUGUAUAUAUGGCACCGCUGUAUUACUAACCUGCAGGCAAAAUCAUACCUUUCUGUUCUUCAUCGAAACCUCGGCCUUGUCAGUAAAAUGGCGUUCGAAGAAGUGCCGCCGGGAACUCCUGACCGAAGGUCGGGCCUCUUGGCUAUGUGCGUUAUCCUGAUGGUCUUGACGAUCACUGCAACCGUUGUCCGUGUUAUAUCGAAAUUUAUCGUGAAGCAAUAUUGGUGGUGGGAUGACUUCUUUGCUCUUCUCUCGUUGCCUAUUCAAAUCACUUUACUCUCAAUCAUUUUGGCCUGGAGAAACAUUGGUCUGGGACUGCACGCCGAGAUAGUGUUGGGUGAAAACCCCCUAUAUCUCAUCCAGGGCGCAAAAUACCUCUAUAUCGCCAUCUUCUUUUUCGAUAGCUCCAUAACGUUCCCUAAGCUAUCCGCCUUGUUCUUCUACGCCCGAGUCUUCCGUUCCAACAAUCGAACAUUCAAGAUUCAUCUCUGGGUUGUUGGCUGCCUCGUGUCAGGAUGGUUGGUUUCGGCUUACUUUUCAACCAUCUUCCAGUGCACGCCAAUUGAGAAGGCAUGGAAUUCGCUACUGCCGGGACAUUGCAUUGAUACUUUCGGGUGGUAUUUGGCCACAGCCGCCAUUUCGGUGGCCGUGGAUUUCUACAUCCUGCUCCUCCCGGUACCGAUGAUCUGGGCGCUUAAAAUCAGCUUGCGACGUCGUUUGUGGUUGCUAGGCGCCUUUUUCCUGGCUUACUCCGUCAUUGUGCUCUCUAUAGGCCGAAUGAUCUCAACAAUCAACCUGAUUCCCAACCUCGCUAAGGACUUGACGUGGAACAUGCCUCUAUACCUCUACUGGGCUUGUUUGGAGGGUUCCAUUUCGCUUAUCAGUAUCAGCGUACCCAACAUGGUCGGUCUCAUCAAAAUGCUUGCGGGGCCUCGAUGGCCCGGCCUCAACAGCCGGAGUAGUCACAAGAAAUACUCCGAUCCGGAAUCCUUGAACCAAGGUGCACUGGCGGGUGUGCAUGGAAAGCAGCCCGGAAACGACAGUGGCUUCGAGCGACUGCACAGCAGCGAUCGCUCGUUUACGAAUCCGCGGGGGCUAGAAGCAGCAGACGACAAGGGCCUAGGCAACGAAGCCGCGAUAUCGCUGGGAAGAAUCCACGUGCGGACACAUAUUAGUGUGUCGAGCAGAUCGGUGCCCGAAACGGAUAUACCAACCGACACAUACCACAACCACAUAUAAAAAAAAUUACGAAUCACGAUAUCCAUACAUGUAGAUAACGCACGACAACACAAUUGAUGUUGUACGUGGUGCUGGCUCGCUUUUCGCCCGUCGCAUCGCAGCGCAUCGCAUCGCAUCGCAGCGGACAACGCGUCGAAUCCUUCGAGUGCGACGCAAUAAUAAAGGGGAAAAAAUCCGGAAAAAAGGGAAAGAAGAGAGUAUUAGCGGAAUACUAUUAGGGGAAAAUCUCAUAGUGCUAAUAGGAAUCGAACCUAUCUCCACUAAUACUCCACCGCGGGCAAAAGAUUCCAUAGCAGAGAGCACUUUUAACACACCUAGGUACAUAUAUCCCGAAGCACUUCUAAUUGAUGAUUAUACGGAGAAAUCCUAUAUACAUCAUGGAAGCAAGCUGAUUGUAAAUUAAUGUUUAUAAUUUACCUUUUCCUACCUUGUUAGUUACACAAGAGUAUACUAUACACUAUUGUGUAUGUCCUGUAUAUAAUAUAUCAAUUAGCAUGUGUCAGAACCAACUACUUAGUAGCUUAGUUUACGAGUUACCUAGGUAGUUACCAAGGUACUUUCCCUUACAUGAACUGACAUGAACUCAUAUGCAACACAAAAAAACCGUUAGAAAGCCGUUAGACUAGUGGAUACUAGUGUACGUAGGGGGUCGGAUGUACCUCGG